AGGCCAUCCAAUCGCUCGGAGAGACCAUCGCUUUACUCAGGCGCUUGUGUCGAUCUCGGCUCCAAUUGGAGACCUGGCCCAAACCAUGGCGGAGAAGACUCAAAAGAGUGUGAAGAUUGCUCCUGGAGCAGUUGUGUGUGUAGAAAGUGAAAUCAGAGGUGAUGUAACUAUAGGACCUAGAACAGUGAUACACCCUAAAGCACGAAUCAUUGCUGAGGCCGGACCAAUAGUGAUUGGUGAAGGUAACCUAAUAGAAGAACAGGCACUGAUCAUAAAUGCUUACCCUGAUAAUAUCACCCCUGACACUGAAGAUCCAGAACCCAAACCUAUGAUCAUUGGUACCAAUAAUGUGUUUGAAGUUGGCUGUUAUUCCCAAGCCAUGAAAAUGGGAGAUAAUAACGUUAUUGAAUCAAAAGCUUAUGUAGGCAGAAAUGUAAUACUGACAAGUGGUUGCAUCAUUGGGGCUUGUUGCAACCUCAAUACAUUUGAAGUCAUCCCUGAGAAUACAGUGAUCUAUGGUGUAGACUGCCUUCGUCGGGUGCAGACUGAGCGGCCACAGCCCCAGACACUACAGCUGGAUUUCCUGAUGAAAAUCUUGCCAAACUACCACCACUUAAAGAAGACUAUGAAGGGAAGCUCAACUCCAGUUAAGAACUAAGAACAAGCUAUGACAUCAAGAUAACAUUUUGUCUUUGACCACUGUCUUUUGAAAGGGCCACAGUGUUUAUGCCCUCUUAGCUGGUCACAGCAUUAUACAAGUUGACUUUAUUUUGUAAAACUGAGUUAGAAAGGAAGGUGAUGGAUUUUCAUUGUAACUAUCCUCUAUAAUUUAUAUAAAAUGUAUUUUUUUCCUAUAUCCUUGUUCCUUUUCUGGUAAUUUACAGAUUUAGUUUUCUUUUGUUAUAUAAAAUGUUGGCCACAAAUUUUAGUUAUACAAAAAACUACCCUUGAUAAGAAAGGGCAUAUUGUUAUGUAUAUAUAUUCUGCUGUAUACUAAACUAAAUAAAAAUGUUGAUGACAGGACUUUUA